GUUGUAUGGAUUUUGACGAGUUCGUGGAGUUCUUCCGCAGGGCCGGUCUGUUGCUGGAAUACAGAACCCUCGUUGGCCAGCUGAUGAUCUCCACCAGGCUGCCCGAGAUCCUGAACGCCCAGCUGCCACGGACGCCCUGCCAUGAUGACGCAGGCGUCCAGAUGCCGCGCACUUUCACGAGGUCGGCGGUGCCGAGCGAUACUGGUGGGAUCUGCCAGGAAGCCGAGGCCGGCGACCCGACGAGGACGGGAGCUUCCAGCCAUCCAGUGUCGCCACAGUGGCUUGCCAGCACUGCCUCCAGCACGAUGCGGGCGGCCAGCCUCGGCUCCUCCAGGAGGGGAGACCGGGCCGACGACGUGAUGGAGCAUGGGGCCUCUUUGGCCAGAGCCGUGAACCGCCAGAAGUCGAAGACGGGCCCCCUCAACCGCGAGGAGUCUGGCUAG